UUUCACGAAACUGUGUUGGGUUCGCACUUAGCAACGGGGGUUUGAGCAAACCUGAUAUAAAAACUAGGUUCGAAACUGACUAGCUUUUCAGUUCAACGACGUUAAAACUAGGUUCGAAACUAGCUUUUAAAAAACGGUUUGACAGCAGUUAGGGUGGAAAUUGGGUUAGGUUUGGCAUCAAGCGAGAACGACAUAAGUGUUUUGACUCUGCGAAACGUUUGCAAUCUAGUACCCAUUGAUUUUCACCAUGAAUAAAUUGGAGAAAUAUCAAAUCGGUCUAAUUCUACUGCUCAUAUUGACAGUCCCCGAAGUACCGGGCUCUCCGUUGAUUUUGACGAUUCAGAAAGAAUGGAAACACUCGGGAUUUUGUUCGUCGAAUACCAACAUUUGCUGGGGGACUCUGCUGCAAGGGAUCCCACGAGUUCUGACAGCUGCAUCCUGUGUUUAUCCGUUUAACGCAAGCACCGAGAUAGUCACUGGGAUGUUUCGGGAGGGGAACAAACGUAUCUUCGGAACCGUUCACGUUCACCCAGAUUACCGUCCAGAUGAAAAGGGAAACUCUGUUGCUAAUCUAGCAGUGCUGUUCUUAAAUGACUUCUUUCCCACUGAUUUGACUAGUACACAAGUCGCGUUGAUGGACAUGAGGAAUCCACUUCCUCACGCUGGUUUGUUGUAUGACAACGCCGAUUAUCGGACAGUUUCGAUUUUUCACAACGACACAUGUGACUCGUCGGAAACCGCCGCCCAUGGGCAGGAUAAAAUCUACACCGAUCUGAACUGUAACACUCGACCGGGCGGUCCUCUGUUUCAUAUGGUCCAGGAUCAAGUUCUGAUUGUUGGAGUAGUAUCUUCAGUUCCACAGCGUUGCAGUCAAUCUCCCUGUCGGCUUCCAGUCACUUAUAUUUCCCCAUACUCCAGCUGGAUCGAAGACAGAGCGGCCAUCGAAUUACCCGACGUUCCAGCGAUGGUUUUGUUCAACUUUCUCAAACUCCUAGCGGUGAUCGCUUCGCUCGGAGGAAUAUCCUUUGUUUUUUGUUGUGUUAUGUUCUUGAUCACCGGCUAAUAAAUUGUCCCCAUAUGAACAACGGCUAAUCCACCCGGGAACAUUUAUCCAGUGUAUUUUUUUUUCUCCGCACCAUCGCAUCGUCGGGAGCAGAGGCUCGAAUGUGUUUACCCAACCACCAACGUUGUGGUCAAAAGUCAGCUGAGGGAACACAGGAAUAAAAAUACAUACGAUAGCACUUUCCUAUCCCCCACCCCCAGUGGUCGCACAGUGGUCGGCAGUUGUGUGGCGUAAACAUUUUCGCGCGACUGUGGCUACUACUGCGACUGGAUCGGUGAGGUGUUCGGCUUUUCGCGGGACCGUGUUUGACGACGAUAAUAACAGUAAUAAUAACGAUAGAUGAUGGUCGGUGUGUGCCGUUUGGCUUCUGCCAUAUCACGGACAAAGGAGUGAGAUCC